AUUCUGAAUUACCUACGGCCGGCCACGCCACGUACACAAAGAACCAACUGGAAAGCAGUGUUCCGCAGCGCUAGCCCUCGUUAUCAGUCGCGCAAGAACCUAAUCACUUUCAUUGCAACCCCGCGAAGGAGGUCGCGGCGGCUAUCACCUAUCGCACGCAGUGUGUCUCGCGCAGCAGCCGCGCGCAGGCGUGCGCAUGGCCCUCGCGUGACAGUCGCGCCCCGAUCCGCGACGCGACGCCCGGCUCGCCGGGAAUGGAGGCCUGCUGCGCGAUCAGAGCUGCCGAGGACCUUGUGGGCGACCAGAUAGUCCCUGGCGGCAGUCGCUGGGCCGCUCCGCACGCGCCCGGCCUUCUCGACUCAUGGUUUCAGAUGCAGAUGCAGACAUCUGACUUCGAGUCGCUGCUUUGCAAGCAGGAGGGCGCCUCGCUAGCGCCCGCCCACAUGGACCUUUUUGAUGGCGGCACUUCUUCUCGCGACGAUGCGUUCCUGCGGCCCGCUCUCUGGGAGGACAUCGCCUCCUCGAUCAGGAACAUCGAUCCCGAAAAUGCAAACAUGCUCGCUCCACUCGGAGCGACGCACGUCAAGCUGGAAGCGGAUGAUCCACUGCUUGAAGAAUGCGCUACGCCGCUACUCAGUCCUCUCGAGAUCAAGACGGAAAGACUGUGCGGACCGCCGACGUACGCGCAGCCGCAGCCGCCGCAGCACACGCCGCAGCCGCUGCCGCAACCGGUCAGCUCAUUUGCCAAGUAUCCGCCAGCACGCCUGGUGUACAUGUCUCCGCUGACGCCGCCCGGUUCCGACCAGGGCAGUCCAGGCAAUUCGAUGCAGGGCGCGGGGCGCCGGACGCCGCCGCCGCCGUACCACCCGCCGCCUCUGUUGCGCGCGCCGCACCCGCCUCCGCCCCUCCCGCACCAUCACCAACACCAUCACCAACAGCAGGCAAUGGCACAGGUGCCGCCAAUGGGCGCACAGCUGCCAGCGCCGGCGCAGCAGCACCACGCGCCGCACCACGCUCCCAUGCUGCACUCGAGGCUGGGCCCCGCCUCUGUCAAGUACAACCGGCGGAACAACCCUGAAUUAGAAAAAAGAAGAGUACACCACUGCGACUUCAUGGGUUGCUCGAAGGUGUACACGAAGAGCUCUCACCUGAAAGCACAUCAGAGGAUACAUACAGGAGAGAAACCUUACACUUGCCAAUGGCCGGAGUGCGAGUGGAGGUUCGCGCGGUCGGACGAGCUGACGCGGCACUACCGCAAGCACACGGGCGCGAAGCCCUUCAAGUGCGCGGUCUGCGAGCGCUCGUUCGCCAGGUCCGACCACCUCGCACUUCAUAUGAAGCGCCACCUACCCAAGACCUCCAAAUGACACGCGCGGAGGGGCGGGGACCAGCCUCCCGCGCCCCAAUCUACACCGGAGGAAUGCAGUGACACCAUCUUCUUGGAGUGCGACCUCGACACAAGCCUUAUGGAGACGUUCUACGGCGCGCUGUGACGUGCCAAGCGCGCGCGCAGCUGAACAAUCGCGAACCCAAACGCGACUGCCCUACUGAAUACUAGUAUUCUCUUUCAAUAAGAAAUUGACAAAAUACGUAUGUUGCUGUAUCGAUAUCUUAAAGUAAAGAUUAGAUGCCACUUAUUGUGAAGUCUAAAUGUUCUUGUAAAUAUAUAAAAAAUAAUGUAUGUUAUUCAACAUCAUUACCAAGAAAACUUGCUUUAAACAUAAAAUCGUAGGUACAUUAAUCAAAUGUAUGAUUAUUGGGUAGACAAGAGAUAAUGAAAUGCAAUCACAAUCAAUACUUAUUUCAAGUUUAAUAAAAUUGUUGAUCGUAAUUAUGAUUUUAUGAAGGCAUAUUUUUUCAAACAUUAUUUAAAGAGCGAAUAUUGUAUAGAUAGCAGAAUUUUAGUUACUUGAUGGAAAUGAGUGUCUACCUUUCCAAUUGGGGUGUAUAGUUUACCUUAGGUGUAUCGUUUUAAAUGAAAACAGAACAGUAAUUACUGCUAAAUAUUUCUUACUAUUGUAUUCAAUAAUAUGAAAACUGCUCGCUCAAUGAAAUCAAGUAUACAUAUUUAAUUACCAAUCAUUUAGGCCUUCGGAUUUGAUUGA